UCUAUGAACACUGUUCUUCUUAUUGUUCCCAUCACUUCAGAUUUAUAUUUCUACCCGAAAUUCCCAGAAAUAAAGUCCAAAUCUUUCACUUUCCCCCUUUUCCCAGACUAUUUUCCAUAUGGAAAAUGAUCCGUUGCUUCAAUACACAAGUCCCCGGAAGAAGCCAACGCCACCGCCACCACUUUUUCCUCUCCCCGAAAACGAUGAAGUCUCUCUCCCAAUCCCUUUAACCCCAUCCGAGUUAAAAGACAGACUAAUCUUUGGUCCAUCUCCUUCAUCUUCACAAUCUCCAUUCGGUUCAUCUCUUAUCCUCGACGCCUUAACUUCACCCAGACCUUCCUCUUCUUCUCAAGACAGCACCCUUGUAAAUCUCCAAGACCCUCUUUUGCAACAGAACCAACUGAACUCACCCUCCACAGCUUCGUGGUUUAUAGACCCAGAUUUCAUAUGGGAGAAAUCCAAUCUCCACAGGUCCAAAACGGCACCCGCCAUGGCGGUGUUGAACGACAUCGUUCGCCCUUCAAUUCCCAAGCCUCAAUUGGGUUCCCAAUCCAUUGUAAGGCAAGCUUUUGUGCUUUUAGUUGUGUAUUUGUCUUUGGGUGUUGUUAUCUAUUGGUUUAAUCGUCAUAAUUUCCUGGGUCAUGAAACUCACCCGGUUGUUGAUGCCUUGUACUUUUGUAUCGUCACAAUGUGCACAAUUGGGUAUGGUGAUAUAAUCCCUAAUAGUGUGGCUACCAAGGUGUUUUCGAUAUUAUUCGUGUUGGUCGGAUUCGGGUUUAUCGAUAUUUUGCUUAGUGGUAUGGUUAGUUAUGUGCUUGAUUUACAAGAGAACUAUUUGUUGAGAACCGUUGAAGAUGAGGGUCGAAAGAAGGAUUCCGCGAGAUCUUAUAUAAUUGAUGUGAAAAAGGGGAGAAUGAGGAUAAGGAUGAAGGUUGGAUUGGCAUUAGGAGUUGUGGUUCUUUGUAUUGGAAUUGGUGUUGGUGUUAUGCAUUUUGUUGAGAGUCUUGGGUGGUUGGAUGCAUUUUAUCUUUCUGUUAUGUCGGUCACUACCGUCGGGUACGGUGACCGGGCAUUCAAGACGUUGCCCGGUAGGGUUUUUGCUGCUAUUUGGUUGCUCGUGUCGACUCUGGCUGUUGCCCGAGCGUUUCUGUAUUUGGCUGAGGCUAGAGUUGAUAAGAGGCAUAGGAGAAUUGCAAAGUGGGUGCUCGGGCAGGACAUGACUAUCUCGGAGUUUCUUGCUGCCGAUAUUGACAACAAUGGCUUUGUGAGCAAAUCUGAGUUUGUGAUAUACAAGCUGAAGGAGAUGGGAAAGGUCUCAGACAAAGACAUUAUGCAGAUCAGCGAGAAGUUUGAUAGGCUGGAUGCUGGCAAUUGCGGGAAGAUAACUCUUGCCGAUCUUAUGGAUCAUAAUCAUUAAUCUGCAAGAGACGAGCUUAUAAUCAUUGUUAAAAUACGAUGAUGGCGGCAUAGAUAGAUAGUCAUGGAUGGCAUCGAAUCGUCAACUUCAGAAACGGCUGGUUGGUUAGCAUUUAAGGCAAGAGACGGCAACGUUAAGGUAGUCUUCUUUCUCAUCCACAAUGCACUAUUCAAUAGGUGAACCAUCUCCUGUUCCAGUUUAAUUGGUUUUCAUGGUUAGAAACUUGGUCAGAGAAUCCUGGCCAAUGUUGGUCGGAAAAAAGUCCGAUGCCCUCUGACCGGCGGCCUAUGUUAUCAUAUGCGGUCAGGGUAUGUGUCAGAUACAGACAUGAGUCCGAUAUGGGCAUGUUCAGUUUAGGGGGUUGGAUGAAUACCUUUGAGCGUGUCUGAAUGUAAUGUUUAAUCCAAGUGGUUGGACUGGAUGAGCACCUUAUGUUGGCAGAUACGGGUAUUUUAGGAAAAGUGAAGAGUCGAGUAUUUUGUACAUUUUCCUCAAUAUAAAUAAAUUACAUUUAUUCUUA